AAAGGAGUAAUAAGUGAUUGGAGAAAAUUUAAAUUAGAGAGUGAAGAUAGUGAUUUGAUCCCACCUAGUAAGAAGGAGAUUCUCAGGCAAAUGUCUUCUCCUCAGAGUAGAGAUGACAAAGACUCCAAAGAAAGAUUCCACAGAAAGAUGAGCAUUCAAGAACAUGCUUUAAUCCAUCAAGAGAAAGAGGAUGAAAAUUGCCUUCAUAAAUACCGUAGACAGUGCAUGCAGGAUAUGCACCAAAAGCUGAGUUUUGGGCCAAGAUAUGGGUUUGUCUAUGAGCUGAAAACUGGAGAAGAAUUCCUGGAAAUCAUUGAAAAGGAACAGAAGAUCACCACAAUUGUUGUUCACAUUUAUGAAGAUGGCAUCAAGGGCUGCCAUGCUCUUAACAGUAGUUUAACAUACCUGGCAACUGAGUACCCUAUGGUCAAAUUCUGUAAAAUAAAAGCCUCUAAUACAGGUGCUGGUGACCGCUUUGCCUCAGAUGUACUCCCCACCUUGCUGGUCUACAAAGGUGGGGAGCUCCUAAGUAAUUUCAUUAGAGUUGCUGAAAAGUUUGCUGAGGAAUUUUGUGCUGGAGAUGUGGCGUCUUUCUUAAAUGAAUAUGGGUUACUACCUGAAAGAGAGAUACGUGGUCUCAAGCAGGACAAUGUGGAAGAUGAAGAUAUUGAAUAA